AUCCAUCAAAACUAAUCUAACCAAAUCUAACUUAGAAAUAAGAAAAUAUAGAAAUGUCGCUAAAAAGCGAUUUAAUCCAAGUUUUACGCCCAUAUUAUUUAAUUAACAUCGCUUUAAGCCUUUCUUAUUUGAUCUCAAAAAAGAUUCCGGUGUUAUGCGAGUAUUUAUUUCAAGCGGAGGAGUGCGAAUUGGAUGGGAGAGAAACCGAAAUAUUAUUCUUCCUUUUGAUUGUAAUUACAUUAAGGACUCGUAAAUCAGGUCGAGUUAACAUGAUAAGUUACUUAUCGGCAAGUUUUAUUUACACAAAAAUCGCUAAUUUAAUUUUGUGGUUUUACGCCGAUUUCGUUAUGGGGAUUAUUUAUGGAGUUGUUUUUAUUUUUACCGCGUUGAUAUUACCUGAACCAACGUAUUCCGGACCAAACCGAGUCAUUUAUUUUCGCGAUCUAAAAUCGUUGGAAGACGAAUUAAAAGAUAAAAACACCAUUUGGUUGAUUGAAUUUUACACGGUUUGGAGCCCGAGUUGUAUUGAUUUUGCACCGAUUUAUUCUGAAUUAAGUUACAAGUUUAGUUUGGAUAAUCUUAAAUUUGGAAAAUUGGAUGUUGGGAGGUUCCCGGAGGCUGCAAGGAAGUAUCGCAUUAAUGAUGGAAGUCUUAGUAAGCAACUUCCCACGUUGAUUUUGUUUCGGGAUGGGGAAGAAAGUGAACGGAGGCCUUUGAUUGAUGCUAAAAAUAAAGUGGUCAAGUUUAAUUUUAGUGAAGAGACCGUUCGGGGAGCUUUCGAUAUUAAAAAUUUGUUUGAUUCUUGUAAAGUUGGGUUGAAAUCGAAGAAACAUUUAAAAUCGGACUAAUUUUGGGACAAAAUUGAGAUAAUGUAUGUUAUGAUGAUGACGUGAAUAGAGAGGUGUUUAAAAAAAAAUGUUUGAUUUCUAUAUAAUUGUAUAUAUUUAUACGACAGAAUACUGUAUACAAUAUCUACGUACAAGUCACGUUUAAGCGGUCUGUAUUAUUAUUUUUUUUCUAUGUACUAGAAAAAUAUAGUAGAAUGGCACUUUA